GACUCGCUGAUCAAUGAGCCUAUAUAUAGUGUACACACCAAUGACGACAAGUAGCACAACUGACUGCGGCUAGUGCUCGAUGGGGGACAUCCUGAACCCAUUAUCGUACCCUGCUACCGCCUCCACGAUCCGACCACUCACUCGACAUAUUUGUCGUUAAGCGCACGCAUCCUACCAGUCAACUCCCUAUUGAUUUGUAAUUCCGAUAUAUCGGUUGCAGGCGCCGCGUGCGUAAUGGAGAAGGCAGAAACCGUACAUUUGCAGCCGAUAGCCGAGCCAACCAAAGAUGGCGCUCCCGCCAGUUUUGCCGACGACGAGGACUAUGAUCCGCACGAGCACCGACAAGUGGACAGGCCCACAAAUGAUUUCGAAACGCUCGUUCACCUGCUGAAGUGCAGCUUGGGCACGGGCAUCCUCGCCAUGCCGCAGGCGUUCGCGCGCUCCGGCCUCGUCACCGGCAUCAUCUCCACCGUCAUCGUCGGCGCGCUCUGCACUUACUGUUUACAUGUUCUGGUGCGUUCCCAGUACGACCUGUGCAAGCGUCUGCGGGUGCCGCUGCUGACAUACCCGGAGUCUAUGGCGGCGGCGCUAUCGCGCGGGCCGCCCGCGCUGCGCGUGCUGGCGCGCCCUUCGGCGCUCGCUGUCGACAUAUUCCUCGUUGUCUACCAGCUUGGAAUCUGCUGCGUCUAUAUUGUCUUCAUUGCGGAAAAUAUUAAAGCGAUGGUGGACGAUUACUAUGUGAUGGAUGUGAAACUCCACAUGGUUAUUAUCCUGGGACCACUGAUCGCAUUCAACUGUAUCCCCAAUUUGAAGAUUCUGGCGCCAUUCUCAACACUCGCAAAUUUAAUCACUUUCGUCGGCCUCGGUAUUGUGCUGUACUUCUUACUAGGAACUGAGAAGAAAUCACAAACGCCUUUGGACCUGUGGGGCUCGUUUAAGACUUACCCUUUGUUUUUCGGGACUAUUCUAUUUGCGCUUACUGCUGUGGGGGUUGUGAUCGCAUUGGAGAACAACAUGAAGACGCCCAAGUCUUUCGGGAAGCCGUUCGGCGUGCUCAACGUGGGCAUGACGUUUAUCGUGCUGCUUUACAUCGCUGUCGGCGCCAUCGGCUACGUGUUCUGCGUCGAGAAGUGCAGCGACUCCGUCACGCUCGAUCUCCCUCCAAACUCAUGGGUUGCGACGAGCGUGAAAGCGAUGUUCUCGGUGGCCAUUUUCAUUAGCUACGGGCUGCAGUGUUACGUGCCGGUGGACGUGGUGUGGAGCGGCUACCUGCGCCCGCGCCUUCUACAGUCCCACGCGUCGAAACCCAAGCUUGUCGCGUCUGAAUACGCCCUCCGGAUCGCACUGUGCCUUCUCACGUUCGUGUUCGCGGUGUCAAUCCCCCGACUCGGGUUGUUCAUCUCGCUGUUUGGUGCGCUGUGUUUAUCGGCGCUGGGCAUCUGCUUCCCGGCGCUGAUGGAAAUGUGCUUGUCGUGGGCGGACGCGGCCGCCACGGGCGGCGGUCGCCUUCGCCGCCUCAAAGAUUGGCUGCUGUUUAUCUUCGGCAUCGUUGGCCUGGUCGUCGGCACCGCCACGGCGCUGCUUGCCAUUGUGGAAUCCUUCUAGACCCCGCUCUCACAGGCAAACUAGAAAGUGCCUAUGCUUGCAUUUGCCAGAACACACUUGUGCAAAUAGUGACACUGCUGACAGCUAGCUUUUAUUGUAGAUACCGUAGGAUUAAGAUAUAAACGUUAUAAUUAUUAUGUAAGUAUAGCAAUAAUUACUGUGAUUCACCAGAUUACUGAUGUCUAUAAUGUUGACAAUGAUAUUAGGUA